UUGUUGCAAUUUUCGACUAAUGUCUUUUUGCCUGCCGGAUUUAUCUUUUAAAAUUUUAAUAAAACCGUGUAAUAAAAAUAUCACAUAAAUAUUAGUGUCUUUAUGAAUGCUUCUGCAUCUUUAUUAAUUUGAGAUCAAAGUAAACGGAAUGCUUAUCAAUUUAGAGACGUUUAAGGAAUUCAUUCAACCGCUAUGUUUACUUGUACUUUAAAGAUAAUUGUUGUGAUUCUGUAAAAACCAUUUGAUACUGAAAUUUAAAAAUGGGUUCUUAUAGCAAGAAAUCGUCGGCCGAAUGGGUUAUCGACCAGCUCAAUGUAGAAAAUGCUAAAUUGGUAGCAUUUGUGCUUGUGUUAGGUUUUAUUGGAUAUCAUGGUAUUUUGCAUCUUAGAUAUGGUCCAGAUUCAUGUACAUGGCUGUUGUCUUCAGGGAGAUAUAAAGGUGAUCAUGAGUGGCAACCAUAUGGAUGCAUGUUGCACAGAUAUUCUAAAACUGAUGCCAGGAGAUGUCUACGGUACUUAGCAUUUUGGGGAAAAUACAACAGCUUCGCAUUCAUAGGUGAUUCCAGACUGGAACAGUUGUAUGAGUAUUUUAUAGGUGUAUUAAAGACUCGGCUGGACAUGGACACAUCAUACUCCACUGUCGAUCACCACAUGCCUAACUACACAUACGAAGAUCAUAAGUUGAGGUUAUCCGUUACAUUCAUAUGGAGCGACGAUGUUUCCAAGACCAUGGUUGAUCAAUUCAGGAGUUGGCAACAUUCAGAUAAACCACCUUCAGUAAUAGUAGCAACCACUGGCCUUCAACUUCUCAAAACUCGCAACACAACAGAUAUCGUGUUAGAGGAAUACAAAAGGAACCUAACGCACUUGGUGCAAGCGAUAGAUUCGCUUGCGGCGCGCAACACGCAGGUGCUAUGGAAGUUGAUGGAAGCUGUAGAUGUUACUAAGUUGAAGAAUGAAAAUAAGAAGAUCAGCAAUACUGAUAUUGACGCUUACAACAAAGCGGCCAUUGAGAUACUGACCCACAGUGCGGCCAAAAUAUGGAGCUCGGCUCGUCUAGUAUGGGCCGGGGCGGGACACGAUACUAGAACAGCUCUGAGGCACUGCGCUCAGCUUCUACUAAACAUGUUCUGCAACGACCAUAUGAACUUCAACGAUGGCACUUGUUGCGCCCAACCCGAGCCUUAUACGCAACUCCAGUUGUUAACAUUCGCGCUGUUUCUGCUUUGCGCAGUCGUGUGUAUAGUACGCCGCACUUGGCAAUGGGCAUCAAACCUUGGUCCAAUAGUUGGGGGUUACACUUCACUCCACCAACCGAAACCACCCCCUUCACCCAUCGCAGCGUUGGCCAAGCUCGGGACUAUAAUGGCAUACUUCUACUUGUGCGAUAGAACCAACUUCUUCAUGAAGGAGAAUAAGUACUAUUCCGAGUGGAGCUUCUGGCUGCCGGUGGGUUAUGUGUUCGCAUUGGGACUGUUCUUCACGGAUGACUCCAGGUCUAGCAAAGUACUCCAUCGCGACCAAACAGACGAAUGGAAAGGCUGGAUGCAAUUAGUCAUUCUAGUUUACCAAGUGACGGGCGCGAGUAAAGUGUUGCCCAUAUACAUGCUAGUACGAUCCCUGGUCUCCGCGUACCUGUUCCUCACCGGGUACGGCCACUUCCAUUACGCGUGGAGUCGCGGGGACACGGGACUGGUGCGGUAUUUCCGCGUCAUGUUCCGACUCAACUGUCUGACGGUCGUUCUGUGCCUCACUAUGAAUCGCCCGUACCAGUUCUAUAGUUUCAUACCUCUGGUGUCCUUCUGGUAUACGCUGAUGUUUGUGAUAUUCGCGCUCCCGCCUCAUAUAUCGCCCGCGUCGUCGCACACUGUGGAAUCUAAACCUUAUCAGUAUCUGUACAUAGCGUUCAAAGUCAUCGGGCUGCUGAGCAUAGUGACCGUUUUGUACAUCAGCGAAGUAUUCUUCCAGAAGAUUUUCGUCACUAGACCUUGGAAGGCUCUGUUUGUGAAUUCUGAUGAUGACAUACAUCAGUGGUGGCUGCGCUGGAAGCAGGAUAGGUACUCCAUGACUUUCGGUAUUAUAUUCGCUAUAGCGUACCUCCUCGCUCAACGCUACAACCUCUUAAACGACAACAACCACAGCAAUUUAUUUACACCUGGUAUAUCCCUGAGCGCUACAUUACUAGCUUUUAUAGGCUUAGGCAGUUACGUAACUUUCACAUUCUUCUGCACCAACUCGUAUGAUUGCAACGAGAUCCAUAGCUACGUCGCGUUUCUACCAAUCAUUAGUUACAUCAUACUUAGGAAUGUUUCGGGCGCUCUGAGAAUGCGGCAUUCCAGUAUGUUCGCGUGGUUUGGAACUAUCACCCUCGAGUUAUUCGCUAGCCAAUCCCAUAUUUGGUUAGCGGCUGAUACACAUGGGGUCUUAGUGUUGAUCCCUGGGGCACCCAUUUUGAAUUUGAUACUGACCUCGUAUAUAUUCGUGUGCGCCGCUCACGAGAUUCACAAGUUGACGUUGAUAAUAUUGCCGUACGCGGUGCCGGACGAUUGGAAGUUGGUUUUGAGGAAUUUCGCCAUUUUCUUGGCGAUUUUGGUACCCAUAGGUAUACACGAUGGUAUGUUUUGAAAUGUGCUCUAACCAGUAUUUCGCUAGUCAUUUUUUUUAAGUUAUAUCGUGGGUGAUUCUGUGAACUCCUGGACGUAUGGUUUGAAAUUUGUUUACAGUUGUAUUAAGAAGAGAUUAUUUCCGGAGAAUAUUUGUACAACCUUAUUUAAUAAACGAAGAAUAAGCUUGGAGUAGUUACUCCCAUGUUUUGGUUCUGUUCGUGUAUGAACAAAACACAGCGUAACUAGUUUAAGAGUAUUCCUCGUUUUAAAAUAAGGGGGCCGGUAUUUAACCGUAAACGUAUUAAUGCGCACAAUUGAAGAUAGAAUAUUUUACUGAAAGAAGACUAAUUUUUAAUAAUAAGUAGAACUACAUUCACAGUUUUUAAAAAAAUCGCCUGCCAAAACCGGGAAUCAAACUCGUGAAAU